AUGUUGCACUUUCCAUCGUUCCAGAAGAGUUUCGAUUUGUUUACCAUCUUUUCGACAUAAAGUUCUAGGAACAUAUCCAGACAAUCUUCCAACCGAAUCCCAUUGAAUUUCUACAAUGUUCAUGGAUAUGACAUGUGUGGUUGAUAAAUGUCAGUGAAUCGUCGAUUAGCACGCAGCCCACGAACAAUGCCUCAAUUGAGUACUGCAAAUAAUGUCGAGCCUGAACAUGCCUGCAACUAUCCACCGAUCAAGCACAUACCAUUCCCACCAAUGGCUUCACAAUUCCAAUCGGAUUUGAUAAAUGAGUGGCUACUGUUUGCGUUCAGCUUUUGGGCGGCUGGACUACAAUUUUUACACUUAUACCGCACAGUAUGGUGGCUGCCGGACUCUUACACCAAUCAAACUAUGAAUUUUUAUCUCAUCGAUCAAUUUCUGGCGUUUUUCCUGUUCCUUUUGUUGGGUCGACGAUUUUGGUAUUGCUUGCUGAUUCAUUGCGUUGACACAAUGAGCCCGAAAAAGUUCUCUAAUCAAAUGAGGAAUAUUGUAAAAUACACAUUCUUCUACGUGACCAUAUUCCUAUUGGGAUUGUGCUGUCUGAAGAUCUAUUUGAAGCAGAGCUACGUCGUGAUUUACCUUUGUUAUCCGAUAAUCGUCUAUGUCAUCACAUUCGGUUUCGAUAUUGAGCCCUUCCUGCGCACAGUAUUCGAAGGUGAUUCGGUGUACAUGAACGGCACCCCGCUACAUUGCUGUUCCACGAAUCCAUCAAUGAUUCGGGCGGAAAUCGCCGCACUGAAAAAGGAUUUCAACAAUCGCUUCAAGCAGGUUAUCUUCACCACACUACUGAAUGCGUACUAUGCCAGCGUAAUUCCUUGCUGCUUUGCACAAAAAUUUCUGUAUUACGACAUCUGGAUGACAACGUCACACAUGGCGUUCGUGGUUAUCGGCGGACUUACCAUGUGUACGAUGUUCUGCUUCCCGGCAAAUUAUUGUGACGUAUUGCACCGAGCUGCAUUGCAUUUGGGUGGCUGGGUGCGCAUAGAGAAUCGUACACACACGCCAGCAUUGAAUUGGUCGAAAUUGGUGGUAUGGCCGAACGGUUCGUUUGUCAAGUAUUCCGGUGACUAUUAUCGCAGUAACGGACUCGUUACAACUGCCGUCCCAUGCAACUCAUUCCACAAUCGAUUCUACUUAUUCUUUCAGAAUCCGGCUCAUCUCUACGCGAUUCUGACGUCCAUUCAAGUGAUCCUCAUUUUCGUUCAAUUGGUUUUGCUAUUUUGCACCACCGAAUGGCACAAUACGCUUUCAUUGGGAUUUCUUUUGUUGUCAAAUUAUUACACUCUGUUCAAGAUGAUCAGAGAUUUCCUGAUUACGCAUAAGAUUUAUGUUGCCGAGUCGGCUAUCAAUAAGAAAAUAAAUGGCUACGGCAAUUGAAUCCA